GCGACGCAUCUGGCUAAGUUUGAGUGAGUCCUUUGAGCCUCGCUGGACCCUCCGAGAACCCGCUGCCGCAACCAGGACUUGAACUUCCAGAGGACCUUUCCCAGCUGUGGCCACUUGCAGCGAAACUCGGUCAAUUUUCUUUCUCGGCCAUCAACCCCUCCAGACCAUCCACUCGAAUUCCAUCUCGCCCAUUGUCGCGAAGCUCGUCGCCGACAUCACCCUCCCCCUUUCAACACCACCAACACCACCACUUAUUUCACCGUUUGCCCCGCCCGGGAAAAGGCACCAGUCGCCAACAUGUCGCUCUCAAACUGCCGUUUCUACGAGGAGAAGUAUCCUGAAAUCGACUCCUUCGUCAUGGUCAACGUUAAGCAAAUCGCCGAUAUGGGCGCCUACGUCAAGCUUCUCGAGUACGACAACAUCGACGGCAUGAUCCUGCUCUCUGAGCUUUCCAGAAGACGUAUUCGUUCCAUCCAGAAGUUGAUCCGUGUCGGUCGCAACGAGGUCGUCGUCGUUCUCCGUGUCGACAAGGAGAAGGGUUAUAUCGAUUUGUCCAAGCGUCGUGUGUCCCCCGAGGAUAUCGUUCGUUGCGAGGAGCGUUACAACAAGAGCAAGAUCGUCCACUCGAUUAUGCGCCACGUUGCCGAGAAGACUCUCGUUCCCAUCGAGCAGCUUUACGAGACAAUAGGAUGGCCCCUCAACAAGAAAUACGGCCACUCGCUUGAUGCCUUCAAGCUUUCGAUCACUAACCCCGACGUCUGGAAUGACAUCCAGUUCCCCACCGAGGCGGUUGCCGAAGAGCUCAAGACCUACAUCAGCAAGCGUUUGACUCCCCAGCCUACCAAGGUCCGUGCCGAUGUUGAGGUCACUUGCUUCGGCUACGAGGGUAUUGAUGCUAUCAAGACCGCUCUCCGCACUGCGGAAGCUCGCAACACUGAGGAAACCCAGGUCAAGUGCAGACUGGUGUCCCCUCCCCUUUAUGUCCUUACCAACACCUGCUUGGACAAGAAUGCCGGUAUUGCCCGCCUUCAGGAGGCCAUUCAAGACAUGCGGACCAGCAUCGAGGCUGCCGGUGGCCACCUUGUGGUGAAGAUGGAGCCCAAGGCUGUCACCGAGUCCGAUGAUGCUGAGCUCCAAGCUCUCAUGGAGAAGCGUGAGCGUGAGAACGCUGAGGUCAGCGGCGACGAGAGUGUCAGCGAGUCCGACGAUAAUAUCCCCGAGACCGUCUAAAGCGCCUCUUUAUUUUGCAACCAUUCUUGAACGGAGCUAUCUUUGCAAGCUCAUUGGGAAUACUCGACACUAUUAUGAGGAAAGGUUUAGGGAUGCAUGUACACAGUUUUUGCGACACAGGGCUGGCGUCUAGGGGAUACAAAAGUCCUUCAGGCGGUAGAUGAAUCAACCAAAAGAUUGCAUCAAGCGUAUGCCUAAUGAACGUGAGCGAGGGACGAGGAUUAAUGAACUCAAGACUUGAUAUGGAUAGUCAUUUUAUGGAUGCACUUGGUGUACUAGGUAGAUCUAGGCGUUCGAGGAUAUGCAGCUACCGGGGCUGAUAAGCGAUCUCAUCGUUUUCUUAUCGCCGCCUGCCCGGGCAUGUGGCUGC